UAUAGAAUGGAGCGUGUGACCAAAAUACAAGAGUGUGCAGUGCAGAGGUGUGGACUCGAGUCCAAUGACUUGGACUCGAGUCAUGAAUUUGUUGACUUUAGACUCGACUUGACAAAAUGUAAAAAGACUUGCAACUCGACUUAGACUUCAACAUCAAUGACUUGUGACUUGACUUGGACUUGAGCCUUUUGACUUGACAUGACUUGCUACUUUCCCCAAAACCCAACGAUUAAAAAGUUAUUCAGGAGCGCUCCGUAUCUUCCAUUGUGUACGCCUGUUUGUCAACAUGUGUGCGAUGACAGCCUGUGCGCUACCUGUCAGUACAACAGCCAAUCAAAUUACAUCCACGUUAUUUUCGUCACACAGAAUUCAUCCAAUCAAAUUGCAGGAAAACCAAGCAGAACUGCUCUCAAACAACAGAAGACUAAGUGAGGAAAGUUAUGCCAUAAAGUGUUUCGUUCGGGAAUUAAAACUACGACUUUGUCAACAAAACAGGAAUUGCCGUAUGCAAAUCAUGCGGUUUGAAGAUUACAGACGGCGACGCAACAACUUCCAACUUUGUUCGACAUUUGGAGUUGCACAAAGAAGGGUUGCUUCCCGUCCCUGAGCCACCAUGAUUCCGGUUGCCCUGCGGCGUUUUUGCAGGCUGCUGGUCCGCGUCAAGGGGAUGGAUGACUCCAUGGAAGACACGCGCUUGUCACGGUGCCUCGACACCUGUGACCUGGUGGCGCUGGGCGUGGGUAGCACGUUGGGCGCCGGCGUCUACGUGGUGGCCGGCGACGUGGCCAAAGACAUCUCCGGACCCGCCGUGGUUCUCUCCUUCCUGACAGCGGCGUUGGCGGCUAUCAUGGCCGGGCUGUGCUACGCCGAGUUCGGUGCCCGUGUCCCCAAGACCGGCACGGCAUACCUCUACAGUUACGUAACGGUCGGGGAGAUGCUGGCCUUCAUCACCGGGUGGAACCUCCUCACUUCGUACGUCAUCGGAACCGCCAGUGUGGCCAAGACGUGGAGCAGGACCUUUGACACGAUCUUGGGGAACAGCAUUGAGACUUGGAGCAAAAAACACAUUCCCAUGACCUCGCCCAACAUCCUGGCUGAGUACCCGGACAUAUUUGCAGUCUUCAUCAUCAUGGUUCUGACAGGAGUGCUGAGCUUUGGCGUGAAGGAGUCAGCUAUGUUGUCCAAGGUUUUCACCAGCAUCAACAUCCUGGUGUUAGUGUCAGUCAUGAUCUCGGGCUGCAUCAAAGGAGACGUGAAGAACUGGAACCUGAACGCCGACGCCAUCGUUAGCGCCGCCAUCAACAACUCACCCAAUGGAACGGAUCACUCAGAACUAAAGAAGAGUUUGGGAGCAGGAGGAUUCUUGCCUUUUGGCUGGGAGGGAGUCUUCUCUGGCGCCGCCAAGUGUUUCUACGCCUUCAUAGGCUUUGAAUGCAUCACCACAGCAGGUGAGGAGGCCAAGGACCCGCAGAAGACCAUCCCCAUCAGCAUCGUGACCUCGCAGCUGGUCUGCUUCCUGGUCUACUUUGGCGUGUCGGCGGCCCUCACCUUCAUGGUCCCCUUCUACCUGCUGGACAAGCACAGCCCGCUGCCCGUGGCCUUCACACACCUGGGCUGGGUGGGCGUCACCUACGCCGUGGCUGUGGGCUCGCUCUGCGCCUUGUCCACCAGUCUGCUGGGAGCCAUGUUCCCCAUGACCAGGGUCAUGUGGGCCAUGGCACAAGAUGGCCUCCUCUUCAAAUGUUUCUCCACCAUCAACGAGCGCACCAAGACGCCUUUUGUGGCCACCGUGACGGCCGGGGUCUUAGCGGCUGUGAUGUCGCUGAUUUUCAACCUGAAGGACCUGGUAGACCUGAUGGCCAUCGGCGCCCUCCUGGCGUACACGUUGGUAGCGGCGUGUGUGCUGGUGCUCAGGUACCAACCUGAGGGCGGCGGAGCCCGCGAAGAGGGAUGUGAAAACGGGGCAGAGUCCGACGUGCCGACGCGGCAACGCAUCCGAACCGCCAUCUUCUGCUCCGGCACAGAGCCGACCCGCGCGUCGGGGUCUGUGGUCAUGGUGUGCGUCGGCGUGCUCGUUUUUUUGGUGUUUGCCUUCAACGUGACCGCCGUGGCCUUCCAGCUCACUCUGUGGUCGCUGUGCCUGCUCGUCCUCAUCAUGUCGGCCUGCUUGGUGGUCGUCUUUGUCAUUUUCACGCAGCCGCAGAACAAGACCCAGCUCUUCUUCAAGGUACCGAUGGUGCCCUUCCUGCCGGUUCUCAGCAUGCUGGUCAACACCUUCCUGGUCAUGCAGCUGAUGAAAGGCCUGUGGAUGCACUACUGUUGCUUUCUGACUUUAGGUUUGAUUAUCUACUUUACUUACGGCAUCCAUCACAGCACACAGGCCGAGACCCUGCACCACUCCUGAACCCAUCCUGUUUGUGUGUGCGUGUGUGCGUGUGUGUGUGCGUGUGCGUGUGUCUGCGCGUGUGUGCGUGUACGAGUGCAUGUGUGUGUGCCUCACUUGUCUUGUGUGCGUGUGUGUGCUUGCGUGUGCGUGCGUGCGUGCGUGUGUGUGUGUGCGCGUGCGUGCGUGCGUGUGUGUGUGUGUGCGUGCGUGCGUGCGUGUGUGUGUGUGUGUGUGUGCGCGCACGAGCAAAACAAGUCUGAUUGGUCGUCUUGCACAAGAUUAUUUCCUGUUUAUACGAGCUAACAAGACACACAGUACACCUGUUGAUGUCUUCUCUGAUUUUCACUCCCCUUGUCUCUUUAAUUACCAUCUUUCCGCUGCAACAACACUUCCCACCCUAAUUACCAUCUUUCAGCCCCAACAACACUCCCCACUUUAAUUACCAUCUUUCAGCUGAACAACGCUCCCCACUCUCAUUACCAUCGUUGAGCCCCAACAACCCCACUCUAAUUACCAUCUUUCAGCUGCAACAACACUCCCCUCUUUACUUACCAUCAUUAAGCUGCAAUUACACUCCUCUCUUUAAUUACCAUCUUUCAGCUGCAAUAACACUCUCUUUAAUUACCCUUCUUCAACUGCAAUAAAACUCCCCUCUUUAGUUACCGUCAUUCAGCUGCAGUAACACCCUCUCUUUAAUUACCAUCUUUCCGCUUCUACAACACUCCGCUCUUUAAUUACCAUCCUUUAGCAGCAAUUGCACUCCUCUCUUUAAUUACCAUCAUUCAUCUGCAAUAACACCCCCCUUUUUUAAUUACCAUCCUCCAGCUGCAAUAACAUUCCCCUCUUUACUUACCAUCAUUAAACUGCAAAUACACUCCUCUCUGUAAUUACCAUCAUUCAGCUGGAAUGACACUCCCCUCUUUAAUUACCAUCCUUCAGCUGCAAUAACAUUCCUCUCUUUAGUUACAUUUUUUACCUGCAAUGACACUCCCCUCUUUACGUACCAUAAGUCAGCUGCAAUAACACCCCCUUCUCUCUUGGUACCAUCUUUCAGCUGCAAUAACCCAUUUUUCGCCUUAAUGACAAAUGUUCAGAUUUAAUAACAGUCUUCUCUAUAAUUACCAUCAUUCAGCUGCAAUACCACACCCUUCUCUGUAAGUGCCAUCUUUUAGCUGCAAUAAUACUCCCCUUCUCGCUUUGGUUACAACUGUUUAGCUGUAAUAACACUCCCCUCUCUUUAUUAUACAUUAUUCCCCUGCGGCAACACUCCCUUUCUCUCGUUAGUUUCCAUCAAAUGUCUGCAAUAACACUCCUCUCUUUAAUGAACACUGUUCAGCUGCAGUCACACUAACCCUCUCGCUUUAAUUAACAAAUUCCAGCUGCAACAACAAUCAACCUUUGUUUGUUAUGUACCAUCAAUUGUAUGGAAUAACACUCCUCUCUUUAAUGAACACUGUUCAGCUGCAGUCACACUAACCCUCUCGCUUUAAUUAACAAAUUCCAGCUGCAACAACAAUCAACCUUUGUUUGUUAUGUACCAUCAAUUGUAUGGAAUAACACUCCUCUCUUUAAUGAACACUGUUCAGCUGCAGUCACACUAACCCUCUCGCUUUAAUUAACAAUUUCCAGCUGCAACAACACUCCCCUUCUUUUGUUAAAUACCAUCAAUUGUCUGGAAUAACACUCCUCUUUUUGAUUAACACUGUUCAGCUGCAGUAACACUAAAAUAGUCCCUCUACGAGCUGGAAGUCAGCACAAAAAAGCUGGAAAUAUGACAGUGUCCAGGAGGGUGUCCCUUCAAGAAGGCCCACCCGCCGUGGAUCACCACCCGAGUAGGAAACAGGAAAAAAGUCCCUCUAUUUGCUGGAAGUCAGCACAAAAAAGCUGGAAAUAUGACAUAACUCUCUCUCUUUAAUUACCAACAUCCAGCUGCAAUAAUACUCCCAUUCUCUCUUUUAAUAACCACCGUUCAGCUGCAAUAACACUUUUCCUUCUCUAUUGUGUGUGUGCAGUAACACUAACCCUCUCUCUCUAAUUACCAAUGUCCAGCUGCAACAACACUCCCAUUCUCUAACAACCACCAUUCAGCUGCAAUAACACUUUUCCUUCUCUUGUAUAUGUGUGCAGUAACACUAACACUCUCUCUUUAAUUACCAACGUCCAGCUGCAACAACACUCCCAUUCUCUAACAACCACCAUUCAGCUGCAAUAACACUUUUCCUUCUCUUGUGUGUGUGUGUGCGUGCGUGUGUGUGUGUGUGCGUGCGUGUGUUUGCUGCGUACUCUAAACAUGUUGGACUGCUGAAGUUUUUGCACUUAAAAGAAAAAAAUCAAAAGACAAUUUGUAUUACUAUAAUUUUGAGCCAUUUCUAAAAUGUGAAUGUACAUUAUAAUACGGCGACUCGUCCAGGGUGUAUACCCCCUUCUGCCUGAAUGCAGCUGAGAUAGGCUCCAGCACCCCCCCCCCCCCCCCGCUACCCCAAAAGGGACAAUCGGUAGAAAAUGGAUGGAUGCUAUUUAUUAUUUAUUUUGCAAUGAAAGUGUUAUUGAAAGGUGAUGUUUUAUUCUAAUUACUGCACUGAUUUACUUUUUCAACUUUGUGAAGCAGUCCAUUAAAAAAAAAGUUACAAAUGUGGGUGUUUUUUCAAUAUUUAUUUUUUUAAUUGUCCAAUUUCAAAUGAAAACUGUCAAACUGUAAUAACUUUACCUGCAAACACAGUAAAUUAUAUAUAUUUUUUAAAUGUAUUUUCCCUACUUGUUGCCCUUGUCCAUGUGCCUUUAAAUGGAAUGUUUAAAUAUUGUUUUAUUUCCUGGUUUGAUUUUAUUAGAUUUUUGUG